UUUUGUUCAAAUCCGUUCUGGUCCUGUUCGCACCUUACCAACCAAAAAAAAAAUAUAAGUGAAAAAGGUGUUUCGUUGAAAAAGAGCAUAUACUUGGAAUAUCAACAGCAAAAAUGUCUAGAUUAAACGAAUAUCAAGUUAUCGGUCGUCGUCUCCCAACUGCUUCUGUUCCAGAACCAAAGUUGUACCGUAUGAGAAUCUUUGCUCCUAACGUCGUUGUUGCUAAGUCUCGUUACUGGUACUUUUUACAAAAAUUGCACAAGGUCAAGAAGGCUUCCGGUGAAGUUGUUUCCGUUAACGUCAUCUCCGAAGCUCACCCAACCAAGGUUAAGACUUUCGGUGUCUGGAUCAGAUACGACUCCAGAUCUGGUAUCCACAACAUGUACAAGGAAUACCGUGACGUUACCAGAGUUGGUGCCGUUGAAACCAUGUACCAAGACUUGGCUGCUAGACACAGAGCUAGAUUUAGAUCUAUCCACAUCUUGAAGGUUGUCGAAUUAGAAAAGACCGAUGACGUCAAGAGACAAUACGUCAAGCAAUACUUGACCAAGGACUUGAAGUUCCCUCUUCCUCACAGAAUUCAAAAAUCCAAGAAGUUGUUCCAAGCCCACACUCCAUCUACCUUCUACUAAGCGAUGGGCCCACAUUAAUGUUUGCUGGUUGUAAUUGUAUAUUUGGGA